AACGGUGGAGUUGCGUCACGUCGAGUCACAGUAUCUUUUGGGCGCCAAAGUGCGUUCCAUGACAACCCCACGGCAGUGAAAACGAUCAAGCUCGAGGCAACGGAUCCUGCAACGUACAAACCCGUUUACGAAAGUGAGUUCGAUGAAGCUUCCUUCCGGUCUGACAUUCAAUAGCAAGAGGAACAAGAGCUCGUCAUAAUGGAAGUGUCCGAGUUUGCCACCAGCCAUCAGGUUGGUGCAAUCUUGGCCAAUUCCGAGGCUGCUUUCGCCAACAUGAUGCGGGAGUGCCAAGAGUACGGCCAGUUUAAUCGGAACGAAUACUUAGGAGAGCCCGAACAUAACUAUGGAUGUUUGGUAAACUUCGAAGGCGCCUGGAUCCGGGCGGUCAAGCUAACUGCGGACUGUGAAAAUCAAUUCUUUUUGAUAGACCUGGGACUCUUUUCCCAGCUUGACAAAUCGUGCCCCAAGCGCCGAUACACCUCAGGGCUCACAAGGAAGCUUUUCUGUUCGGAAUAUCAUAUAGAAAAAUACUGGAUUUCUUUAUGAAGGUUAAAGCAAAGGUGUACUUGGAUGAAGAAUCUGAACUAUUUCGUAUGAAAAUCAUUUCUAUCAUUAAUCGUUAAACGCAGAAAUCGUAAAGCAUUUUAAUGGCAUCAUUUUCUUUGUUUUAAAUUUUUAUCGUUUAACUUUAAAUUUGAUUUAUUCACGUAGAAUUUAACAUUUGCUCCAUAAGGUUCGUUAGGGAUAUAAGGAUAUUAAAUGAAAUGACUAUUAAGAACUAAAUGAAAUAAUUAUAUAGAACGGAACAAACAAUAGCGCUGGAACUAUUGACUAUUGACAAAUA